GCUGCGCAUGCGCGGCCAUGGCGGCGCCCGGGUCGGAAGUAAUGGUGUCCGGUCCGGAGGGGCUGGUCUGCUCCGGGGGACGGAACCGAAAGGCUGUCCUCUGCCAGCGCUGCAGCUCCCGCGUCCUCUUGCCCGGGGCGGCUGUCUUCGCCCGCAAAGAGCUGUUCCUUCCCGCCAUGAAGAAGAAGACGGCCCUGGCAGGCGGUUGUGACCCUGAAGGGGAUGUCCUCCAAGACCACUGGCUGGUGGACGACAUGUUCUCAUUUGAAAAUGUGGGCUUCACUAAGGACGUCGGGAACGUCAAGUUCCUGAUCUGCGCAGACUGCGAAGUGGGCCCGAUUGGCUGGCACUGCGUGGAUGACAAAAAGAGCUUCUACGUGGCUCUGGACCGAGUGUCUCAUGAAUGACGGACCAAAGAACCCGCACAGAGCCUCCUGCUGGCCAGAUGGGCCGCUAUAAAUAAUAUAAAUGAAUAACCCCACACCCUUCAAACAAGCCAGUGCCACCUUUGUAACGUCAACGUGCAAAAUGGUGCAAAUAUGGUGUUUGUAUUGUUUGUCAAGCGAUCUCUGAUUGCCUUGAACCUCUCCUGAGAUAAGCCUUGCUCUAAUUCCUUUUCCUGACUAAUAUGUGGCAUAUUCAUACUGGGGUUUUAUUUAAGGCCUUCUCGUGACAUGUCAAUAUGGAACGCAAUAAAAUAUAGAAAUACUAUACACUGAACUAUGUGCUCUCUGAAAAAUAGGCAAUGUAAUAUAAGAGAAAAUAAAACUGUUAAGGCUUUUUAUUAUUUGUUAGAAUUAUUAUUUUACAGGAUAUUGUCUGCUUUUUUAUGGUUUUCUGAUUUGUUUUGGACCCAAAGAUGCAGACGACUGACUUUUAAUGUUGGCAGGCCUGAAGGCCGUAGCGUAAGAUUCCACAAUAUGAUCAUAAUCUGUUAUUGAAAAUCAAGUUCUGGCAAGUUGCAAGGAAGCAUUUCAAAUGUGGGGAAGUCAGAUGAAGUCUAAGGAGUACCCAAAAUGUUUACAAUAAAUCUGUAGAAACAAAAUGUCUCUGGAGGCACUUAACCUUUCAUAAAUAUUUGUAUUUAAUUAAACUUCAAUUGUGCUUCUC